UUUUAUACUCUGGUAAAAAAUACUUAUUUACGCUACAUUUUACGCUUAUCAGCUCCCCUUCCCAGCUGAUAAUGCACCUUUUGAAUCUGUUUACAAUUCGCUUGCAUGUUGUUAUGCUGAUCUUCUUUCCUUCCUUACAUCUCACAAUGGACACCAAUGAACGCAAGCGAUAAUUGGGCAGUACAGCUCAACGAGUCAGUUGCAGACUGAACCUCGUUCCGACAGGAUGAACUGGGUCAAAUUUGUGGUGCUUCUGGCAUUGCUUUUGGCGCCGCUGAUCGAUUGUGCCAAGUUGAUUGAAGUUACUCCAGUUUCCGGUAACGCCGAAAAUCGCAAAUUUCCUGAAUGGUUCAAAUUUGGCGCGGCCACAGCCGCGUACCAGAUCGAAGGAGGCUGGAACGAGGACGGUAGGGGAGCCUCGGUUUGGGAUACACUGACCCACGAUCACCCGGAGCUGGUGGUGAACAGGGACAAUGGGGAUGUAGCCGCCGAUUCGUACCAUCGCUUUCGGGAGGAUAUCAAGGCUCUUCAGGAAGUUGGGUUUAACUUCUACCGCUUCUCGAUCUCUUGGGCACGGAUACUUCCGGAGGGUGAUCUUUCCUCGCUGAAGCAAGCAGGGAUUGACUACUACAACAAGCUGAUCGAUGCCCUUAUUGAGGCCGGCAUUGAACCCGUUGUGACCAUGGUUCAUUACGACCUGCCUCAGUACGUACAGAAUCUCGGAGGGCUGGCCUCGCCUCUGUUUGUCAAGUACUUUGAGAUCUACGCCGACACGCUGUUCCGGAACUAUGGUGAUCGCGUUAAGAUGUGGAUCACCCACAACGAACCGUUCGAUUUUUGCGUCGAGGGUUACGGUUCCGGGAUCGACGGACCGUUAGUGCGCGCUUCUGGCGUUGGAGAAUACCUGUGUGGACAUUACACGUUGCUAAGUCACGCUGCGGCCUACCAUCUGUACGAUCAACGCUACCGUAAGGAACAAGGAGGUUCGAUUGGGAUCACGCUGAGCGGAAGAUUCUUCUUCCCAGCCAGCAACGAAACUGCGCCAAGCGUAAUCGAUCGAGCCCUCCAAUACCAGCUAGGGUGGUUCACCCACCCGCUGUUCAGCGAAUCUGGUGGUUAUCCUCCGAUCAUGAUAGAAGACAUCGCAGAUCACAGUCUUCUGGAAGGUCGUACCAUGUCCCGACUGCCGGAAAUGUCCGAACGGGAGCGAAAGCUCAUCAAGGGAUCCGCCGACUUCCUCGGGUACAACUACUACAGCAGUCGCCUGGUUGAACGCGAUCCCCGAAAGUACGACAUCGGGAGCCCACCGUCGUUGGACAAGGACGCCGGGCUGAUCUACAGCGUCAAACCCUCGUGGAAGCGGGCCAAAUCCAGCUGGUUGUACGUGGUUCCGGAGGGACUCCGAGGUAUUCUCAACUGGUUCAAGGAAGAGUACAACAACCCGCUGGUGUUCAUAACGGAAAACGGUUUCUCGGACGAUGGACAGCUGGAGGAUCACGAUCGAGUGGAGUACUACCGGGCACAUCUGGAGCAGCUGCUCGGUGCCAUUUUGGAUGACGAAUGCAGUGUGAUGGGAUUCACGGCGUGGAGUAUCAUCGAUAACUUUGAGUGGUUGCGCGGAUAUAGUGAAAAGUUUGGACUGUAUCACGUGAAUUAUUCUAGUCCGACCCGAGAACGAACCCCAAAGCUAUCUUCUAAAUUUAUUCACGAAGUUAUCCAAAGCAGACAGGUUCCGUCAAACGUGAUCAGCCGGGGUUUGUUUGAAAAGUGUAUAAAAUCAGAAAUGACAAUCCGUUACUUUCGGUACAAAUCUGUCCGAACGUCCAUCUCCACGAUCCAUCUGCCUCGGUGUUCGAUCACUGCUCGCAGCUUUCUCUUUGUUUACGUUCCCGCAUCAGCUGUCAAAUCAACUCGUCAAAGUUCAUUAACAUUUAGGUAGUGCGUAGUGAAACAUGUUUCAGAUGCAAUCCCAAUUUAUGUUAAGUCAUACAAAAUACGGAAGAACCGUCAUAUAAUUACAGUAGUUGUUCGGUAACUGGGCUGAACAAAAAAUAACGAGGGGACCACCGAUGAAUAAUACUUUCCAGAUGAAAUAUAAAAAUAAAAAUUACUCAA